UGAAAGAAUGCUUUGCCCGUUAGUGGCGCAAGGUGAUUUAGUUGCGUGAAGUUGUUGUAAAUGGUUUGCGAAAGAAGGAAGCUGCUGUGGGCAGUAUUGUGCUUCACGACACUUGUAACGUCCACGUCCGGCGGUUUCUCGCGGGAUCGGCGAAAAGUGUGUAACUACUACGAGUGGAAGUGCAGCAGUGGCCAAUGCAUUGAGUCGCACCAGCAGUGCGACGGGGUCAUCGACUGCAAGGAUGGUUCCGAUGAGACCUCCAAGAGUUGUGCCUUCAUCCGCUGCCCGAGCUACGCGUUCCGCUGUCAGUACGGGGCGUGCGUCGAUGGGACGGCGCUGUGCAAUGGCAUCCGGGAGUGUGCCGACCAUUCAGAUGAGCAUGUCCACUGUCCCGGCAACAAUGGCACCCUGAUCGCUUCGCACGGAAACUGCUCUAACACCGAGUUUUCCUGCCGCUCCGGUGUGUGCAUUCCGGCCGAUCAGGUUUGCGAUGGGCAGGAGGACUGCCUCGAUGGGUCCGACGAGACGCAACAGCUGUGCAGUCUCGUCUUUUGCCCAUCGUUUUCGUUCCGCUGCAGCUACGGUGCCUGCAUCGGUGGAUACUCCAAGUGCGACGGCAUCGUCGAUUGUCGUGACGGGUCCGACGAGGACGAACUGCUCUGUGGCAAACCGUUCCCUUCGACGACACCCAAACAGAUGCCCACGGCAACCUCCACGACGACCACCUCGACCACUACGGCUGCGCCUGUGGUGGUUACGGGGCCACCGGGAUCCUGCCAGGUGCCAGCGACUCCAACCAACGGGCGGUUUGUGCUCGAUGAAACCGCCCAAGAUGUUUCGAUCCUUCCCGGGGAGUUUAUAGAAAACUACAACUCGGUGUUCGUCAUUUGCAACGACAAGUACACUAUCAAGGGGGCAGCGUCGAUAGUCUGUCUCGAUGGAGAAUGGCUGCAACCGUUUCCGGUGUGCGAAAAAUAUUGCUCCGAAAUUCCCAUCAACGGUAUCACCAUCGAGCCGUUCUGCGAGUACCAGCGCCGCCAGAUAACGUGCAAGCGACCUCUGCCCCCCACGACCAAGGUGCGCAUAGGCUGCCGCGUUGGGUAUCAGAAACCGUCCGAGCCGGUCAACGAAACACUCACCUGCAACGACGGCUCCUGGGACAGCUCGGUGUUUCGCUGCGAACCAGUGUGCGGUACGGCGACGCCCGAUGCCGAAGCGUACAUCAUCGGUGGCCGGAACAUCUCCAUCGCCGAGGUGCCCUGGCACGUGGCGAUCUACAAGAACCUAAACGAAGCGUCCCUUAACGACGCGCGGUCAGCCGAUUGGCAGUAUGCAUGCGGCGGAUCCAUCCUCACCGAGCGACUGAUCGUUACGGCCGCCCACUGCUUCUGGGCCACGGAGGGUAUCUUCGACAAGCGCUACUUCCGGAUCGUCGCCGGCAAGUACCGGCGGGAGCUGAGUGCGAUCGAGGCACAGCCGGUGCAGAUUUUUCAAAUCCACGAGAUCCUCCACCAACCGCAGUACCAGGACUUCUCCGGGUACUACAAUCUCGACAUCGCGAUCGUGGUGCUGAGCGACUUCAUCUCCUUCCGGACGUACAUCAGGCCGAUCUGCCUCGAGCGCAACCUGCGCACGGAGAGUGAGAAGCGUAUCAAACCGAACAGCUUCGGCCGGGUGGCUGGCUGGGGCUUUACGACGAACACCGGGAACCUCAGCUCCACGCUGAAGGUGAUCGAGAUCCCGACGGUGGACUAUGUGACUUGCCGGGAGUACUCGCCCGUAUCCUAUCGGCCGUUUCUGACGGGCGAUAAGUUCUGUGCCGGAGAUCCACGUACCGGUACGGGCGUUUGUCAGGGUGACAGCGGUGGUGGGUUCGCACUGUCGAAGGAGAUGGACGGGGAUCUCGUCUACUAUCUGUACGGCGUGGUUAGUUCGGCACCGCGUGCUUCCAACGGUGGGUGCGACAACAAUAAGUACGUUGCCUUCACCGAGGUACAAAACUACAUUCCUAUGAUACUCGACGCCGAAAGUCGAUACCCGGUCAUAUAACGCAGAAAUAAAUGAAGCUCAUAUUCAACUGCUCAUUAAACAGUUCAUUUUUCUCAAUCUUCCUAGCGAGGUUUCGUUGAAGGAUAAUUACCAACACGCAGCGAUACGGUUUCGUUGGAUUGUUUCUUUUAUUUUCGUG